UUAAGCUAGCUGCUUCAUCACUGGCUGCCAGCUUCGGUGUUCUCGGGCUUCAUUUACAGUGUUAGUUAUAGGCCGACGACAGUUUUACAGAAAAUGGCUCUGCUAACGACGUUGUUUGCGUUUCUGUACCACCUGCCACAGGUGUACAAGUGGCUUCUGAAGCCUUACUAUGUAGCCUCUCUAUUUAUGUCCAUAGCCUUUCUAGCUGUCCGAAAGACGCCUGGCAUCUGCGACCAACUGAACACACAGCGGGAGGACGGCAACCCCUGCGACUUCGACUGGAGGGAGGUGGAGAUCCUCAUGUUCCUCAGUGCCAUUGUCAUGAUGAAGAACAGACGAGCGAUUACGGUGGAGCAGCAUUUGGGCAACAUCAUCCUGUUCAGCAAAGUGGCCAACGUUAUCCUGUUCUUCAGGCUGGACAUCAGGAUAGGCCUGCUGUACCUGACGCUCUGCAUCGUGUUUCUGAUGACCUGUAAGCCUCCUCUCUAUAUGGGACCAGAGUACAUCAAGUACUUCAGCGACAAAACCAUCGAU